AUGGCGGGCGUUGAGGGCGACGACGCCGGGGCUGCCUUGGAUCACAUCGUCACCCAGUUUAGCACUUACGAGGAUUAUCUGGAUUCUCAGAUCACCACGCAGGACCUCUUUUAUCUGGAGAAUGAAGAAAUGGCCCGCCAGUUGGUAGAGCUGGGUUUUCGAGGAAGUGGAGAAGUGCUGAAAAGGGAAGAUUUCAUUGCCAGGAAAUUAGCUGCUGAAGCAUCGAGGAUCUCAGAGAGACACCAGCAGAAAAUUCUGUCAAGUGCUGGGAAAGAGCUGAAAGAUAAUUUUCUGAAGACAUUGGCAGAGAGGGAGGAAGCCAACCGUAAUGGGAAAAUGUCUUCCAUAAUCUUCAUUCGUGAUCGAAAUGCCCGUGGCCAGGAGGUCUCUGCGUAUAUUGAUUAUGCCCAUCGUUUGAAGGUGGAUGAAUUUGAUGUCUAUUUCAGUGGCAAAAAGAAGCUUUUCCCCAGGCGCACUGAUCUAAGUUUCUACAACUGGGACAGAAACAUCUGCUCCAUGAAUUCAAGUCCAAACUACCAGGUGAUUGCAGAAAAUGCAUGUGGCUUACUCUUCAAGAACAAGUCUGACAGGAAGGUCAUUAAUGUGGAUCCCAAGGCAUUUCCUGGAGACAACACAACACGGACUCCAAUCAAAACGGACCUCUACCUGCAAGUGGUUAUCUAUGACCAUGUCCUCAGAAGAAAAAUCUAA